GCCCCGAGCAUCUGGUUCUUCCAUUUCCUAUCUGCUUCAAGCGACCCCGCGAAAGCUGUCUCGUUGCGUGUGCCCAUGUUUGAAGUCGACAAACGCUGUCCAGCAUUGCUAGACCCGUGAUAAUGCAAACAUAUUCAUUUGGCAUGUAUUCCAAUGCUGAUUGUAAUCGUAAAGGGCACUUGUCUCGGUUUCUAUUCCGAGGCAACUCAACGUCGUCCUCAGGAGUGUCUGACAUCAGACAGUCAGGUGGCACAGUCGAACCUACCGGGGAGACGAACCACCAAGAGUGAGAGACGUGAGUGAGUGGGCAGACUUUUCCCUUUUUUGUCAACUACGAAAUUACAUUACGCUGACCGGCCUGUUUUCCUGGUGGAAAAUUACCGAACAUCCCCUCGGCAAAAGCUGUGCUCCUACCUCUGGUUGAAAAAGAGGCAACGGGGGACUGCCCUUCUAAACAAACCCUGCAUACGCCAUAAUUUGAAUGGGCUUAAGCCCAGCGUGUUCAUCUGGACUCCACAUUUAUUAUAAACAUGGCGAACGCGGAGAAACUCGUAAAACUUCACGGCCUGUGGUUCCGCUCUUUGUGGAAGUGGGCCGAGAAGAUACCACAUGAAGACGCUGUCAUUUGGCUUGACGAGAAUGGUUCAAAAGCCGCAUCAUUAACGUAUCAAAAACUGCGACGGGAGGCCCUGAUAAUCGCCACCUGCUUGCGGCAAGUCCAUUGUCAGCCAGGAGAUCGAGCAAUUCUAUGUUAUCCUCCGUCGGUCAGCUUCGUGCCCGCCUUCCUUGGUUGUCAAAUAUGUGGGCUUACUGCCGUGCCGGUCUACCCACCUGGAAGUAAUGACAGAGACUCGGACAGCAUCCAAAGAAUAGUGGCCAUGGUGAAGACUACAAGGCCGUCGGUUGUGCUGAGUUCAUCUCCACUCAGGUAUUUUCUGAAAGAAGUAUUUCCGGGUGCUGCCGCCCGUUGCGUGAGCGAUAUACGGUGGAUAUUCACUGACGAGCUGCCCGACCACGUCGAAGCCGGAUCAGCGUUCGAGUUGGACUCGUUGGAUAUCAAAUCCGAGACGCCAGCUUUCAUCCAGUUCUCGUCAGGAAGCACCGGAAACCCCAAGGGGUGCGUGGUAACGCACAUGGCCCUACUGCACAACAUCCAUCUGAACUGGCGGAUGUGUGGGGCUUUCCACCCGGGCACCGAAGAGAGCUUAUACGAUCUACCAGUUGAAUCAUACGCUGAAUUCACCGAAAAAUACCAGAAGCAUCUCGUGGCCACCUGGGGUCACCGGCUACGUUCCUUUUCGUGGUUGCCGGUGACACAUGAUAUGGGGCUCGUCGGAAUGUUGUGCGUCCCGUUGUUUUUCGGAUGCACUGCCUUUUUCAUGUCUCCUAUCGACUUCGUGAGAGCACCCCAUAGCUGGCUAGGGGGGAUGAGCAAGUUCGGCUGUUCCUUCACAGCUGCGCCAGAUUUCGCGUACGCUCUAGCAGCUAGAAAAGUUCCUGAUGAUCUGGUGUUGGAAUUGAAUUUUGAGAAAAUUCUGGCAUGCGUGAACGGUGCCGAACCUAUUAGACCAGCAACAAUUGAAGCAUUUCUGCAGAAGUUCGCUCCCGCUGGAUUCCAGCCAUGGAUGAUGAGUCCGGCAUAUGGCCUUGCCGAACACACAGUAGGGGUUACAGGACGUGGUUCCGAAGGGAGGAAGCCUAUGAGUCCGAAGAUCAUUGAAGUCAACAACGAAAAGGUGGCACAGGGGGAUACGGUAGAACUUUUCAAGCGUAGCGGAAAGCAAGAGAACGAAAUGCGCACCAAGCUCAUUGUCGGAUGUGGAAUUCCUCACGAAGACGUUAUUGUGAAGAUUGUAGACCCAAGGUUGUUGCAAGAGCUGUCGGAGUGGCAAGUUGGCGAGGUAUGGGUCAGUUCUCCCAGCGCGGCUUCAGGCUACUUUGGUUCUCCAGUGGAGACGGCGUCAACGUUCAACCUGCACCUCAACACAGCUGAUGGAGCCACCCGUGGAGACAGGAGUUUUCUUCGUACCGGAGACCUUGGCUUUCUCGGUGACGGCGAGCUCUUCAUUACUGGUCGUCUCAAAGAUGUUGUCAUUCUUCGAGGUUGUAAUUACUACCCUCAGGAUAUCGAGGAAGCUGUCGAACGAUGCGAUUCAGUACGCAAGGGAGGAGUUAUGGCUUUUUCUAUCAGUACCACCGAUGACGCUGAAGGGUUGGGAGUGGCGGCGGAAAUUCAGAAGGGUUCGGAGAAACCAGCGAAGUUGAAGCUGAUAUACGCUGACAUCGUUCGGACUGUGAACAAGGUUCUUCACCUGCCCCUACAACGACUUUGGCUUCUCAGGGCUGGUUCCUUGCCCAAAACAACAAGUGGCAAACCUAGACGAUCAGAAGCGAGAAGGCGGCUGCUUCAGGCAGAGCGCUGUGAUGACAUUUUAUAUUCAUACACACGAAAUCUCAGCCAUUCCGGACACCUGCCCUUCCGGCCAGGCACCUUUGAACUCGAUAUGGAACAAAAGCAAGAAGACUCAGCGAGCACAUCCAAAAGUGAGGUUAACAAGUCACUCGUUGAGUCACUUUCCACCGCUAAGGGUGCUAGGCACACCGAUGAUGGUUUUAUAUUCACGAAUGGACAACAGAAUUUGCAUGAGGCCAAAAAGGACCAACAUGGAACGUCAGACUCUACCUUGGCCGAACCGGUGUCCAAUGCGAUCUUGGAUCCGAUAACCAGGGUCACAGACGCACUACUUGUCACUGCAGAUGGCACGUCAGUACACAAGGAUGAAGAGGAACUGUCGCUGGUGGCAGAAUGUUUCGCUUGUGUGACCGGCGUCGAGAAGUCUUGCUUGCGGCCGGAUACGCCUUUCCUCUCACUCGGGUUAGACUCGCUCACGGCAGUUGAGCUGGCUAACGAAAUUCAGCGAAGGAUGAAACAGCCUGUAGAGCCUUUUGAGCUCUUCGAAUUUGCUGACCUCCGCAGCCUGGCCCUAUACCUAAGGAAUAAGAAACUCGAUCACGGAAAAGAUGCACGAGGUCGACAAACAAAGUCCAGCCCCGAACGCUCACUAGGAAUUGUUCAAGUACAGCGGCCGAGCGUGUUUGUCACAGGUGUGGCGUGUGCGCUGCCGGGCUCCUGCCAGACGCCUGACAAGCUAUGGGAGAUCCUAGACGCGGGGAUUGACUGCGUUGGGCCAAUUCCACCGAACAGGAACUUCUGCGCUUCGCAGAACUUCGCAGUCAUCGGGGAGCCCCGAACUGCCAAUGCUUCAUUUUGCGUCACAGAGGGAGGCUUCCUGGACGAUGUGGACCUCUUCGAUAAUUCCUCUUUCGGAAUACCUGACGCCGAGGCUAUGACGAUGGAUCCGCAGCAACGGCUACUGUUGAUGAAGGCGGUAGAGGCACUCCAUGCAGCUGGAAUGGCUACGAUUGAUUCAAGAUCUGCCCCCAUUGCGACAUUCGUUGGUUGCUGCUCCACUGAUUGGCAGAGAAUGAACCUUGGCGAACAAAUUCAGAGUUUCUCUGCCACAAGUCACUCGGCCAGCAUGCUCUCCAACCGUCUGUCGUACACUCUCGGAUUGACGGGUGCAUCGAUCACAGUGGAUACCGCCUGCUCGUCGUCGUUGACCGCCUUGCAUUGUGCCAUGCAAGAGCUACAGCACCGGCAUGUGCCAUGCCACACAGCAGUUGUGGCCACUGUGAACUUGCUGCUGACCACCGACGUGACGCUGGCAUUUGCGCGAGCAGGUUUUCUGUCUCCAACGUACAGAUGCAAGACUUUCGACGACGCUGCUGAUGGUUUCGUUCGAAGCGAAGGUGUCGUCGUCUUUGUGUUGCAAACUGAUGUUUCCGAAACGCCCACACCCAGUUUCAAAAACCAACAAGAAGACAACGAAGGUGGUCAAGGCGAAUGUGGGACCAGGAUCCCUGCUUCUGGUUACCUUUGCCGCAUACUAGCUUCGACGGUCGUCCAUGGAGGUAAAACAGGCAGUGUCACAGCACCGUCAGGAUCUUCCCAAGAACUCCUAUACAAACAGACCUUCGCCUGCGCCCAGGUCCCUCCAAGGGCGGUGGACUUAGUCGAGACCCAUGGGACAGGCACGCGAUUGGGAGAUCCGAUUGAAAUCAGCGCUUUAUGCAACAGUUUUGCUCCCGACAUGGAAACGCGAAAACACCGACUGGUGCUGGGAGCUUUAAAGACCAACCUUGGCCACUUGGAAGGAGCCUCUGGCCUCGCUGGGCUGUUGAAAUCAGUACUUUGCCUUAAUCGACAGCGAGUCCCACCAAAUUUGCACCUUAGAAAGCUCAACCGUUUCAUUGACUUCAGGAGUUUGCCGGUGUUACUGCCUACCAAGACAGUACCGUUGCCAGCUUCGUCGUCGGAGACAAAGGAGGCUGUUGCGCUUGUGACUUCUUUGGGUUUUGGUGGAACAUAUGCGCAGGUGGCUGUUCAGGUGCCGUCUACCACCGGUAAUGAGAUGUUGCUCCGAAACCAAGAACCGGUGCAGUGGAACAAAAAAUGUUUCGACGUUGGCAAACUAGUUUCACAAAGCAAUUCUUUUCAAUCCGCAGUUAGCCACAAUGACACGAAAGGGCCAUGCUUUUGGGAAGUGGGUUGGGAGUUUCUGCUCGAGUUUGACAGCAUUACGCUGACGUUGCCUACUCUUCCUGAACAGGCUCCUCCCGCGAAGUGGCUCGUCCUCACUUCCCCCAAGGCACAGCAGAGCUUCCGCAAGUUCUCUGUGAAUAUUUUUCUGCCUGGUAUCCGAAUGACAUUUGCUUGCCUGGAAGAACUGAAGGCACCCGAGCAUUUGGAGGCAAUUCUGAAAGCCGAGACCUGGACAGCAAUCGUCUCUACGUAUACCACAGAGACUGGAAGUUGUAUGACAGACUCGAGUGACCUCAUUGGUAGAACGCUUCAGAUCCUCCAAACGUACGGUCAAAUGGCCAGUCAAUCUGCUGUUUUGCCACGGAUUCUCUUUUUGACUCAGGGAUGUUUUCAAGUUGGAGCCGCUGCCUCUCUCUUGAGGGCUUCUCCGUAUAAUGCUGGUAUUAUUGGAUUUGUUCGUGCUUGUCGCUUGGAGAUUGAAAGCCUCUCAGGCCGGAAAGCGCCUAUCUAUUUAAUAGACUUCGCGGCAAACGGCACACUAACAGAAACGCUUAGCGCAGUAUCGAAGCUGCUGGGUAUGAUUGACAUUCGCAACGUUGACGAGACAGAGUUUGCAAUCUGUGGAAAGCGCGUUUUUGCUCCUCGUCUGCUCCCCCUUCAUCUUGGCCUUGAAGAAAUCCUCCCUGCUUACGACCAUUACAUGGAUCUAACCAAGAAGGCUGAUGAAAGUCCCGCUGGCACUGCCAAAUUCCCACGUCUCGUUGAGCCAGCCAACAAGGCUUGCCGCGUACGCCUCUUAGCUCUAUGCCUUGAUGAGAUAUUCCCUAUAGAAGCAAUAUCACCCGCAAGUAAGGCUUUUGAACUAGGGGAGUCGCGUCCAUGUACUUUACCCUAUGGUUACCGCAACCGCCGCCAAAAAGCCUUCUUGUACCAAAUGGAACGAGCGUUCGUAUAG